AUGUAAGUAGAGGAGUUGGAAAGCGAUAGAGAAUUAGGCAGAUAAAGCUUGGAUUCUAAACAUUAUCUCUGCUAAAAUAUCUUGUUGAAUGAUCAUGAUUGCUCUGGCCAAUGUUUGAAUUAUUAUAGAUCAUUUGGAACAAUAAAUAAAUUGCGAUUAGUUCAAGAACGAAAUCUGAAUUACUCACUCUAACAUGAUGAAGCAAUAUAAUUUUGUUCUUAACUUAUUCAACAAAGUGCCAAACGAAAACAAAAGACCGUAAAAUAAAAGAUAAUUAAAUAACACCCACUGCCUUUUCAAAAUCAAUAUAAGCAACACAACAAUAUGAAAAAGAUAAUCAAAAAGCUUCAUUACAAUAAAAUUCCUAUUUUCACCUAAGCAGUUUGCACUGGCUUAUCUUAAAAAAAUUGAAAUAACUAAAUUUCGAAUUGGAUUUAGAGUGCAAUCAAACAAACGAAAAUUUAUUUUGGAUUGAAGAAUAACAUAGCGAUUGGAUUAAUCAAUACUUAGUUAACUCAAAUUAAACUUAAUUGAGUUCAAUGUAACAUAUUUUUAAUGAUUUUUUAAAUCAUUUUAAAUUAAGUAAAAAUCAGAUAUCACAGUCUAGCUUCAUCAAAAUAGUCAAAUCUAUGGGAAUUUCUUAUAAGCUAGCAUCAAAGAUUAAUUUUAAAGCCACAACAAGGGUUAAUAAAAGUAAAUAAUAUGUAUAUGCAUUAACUAUAUUAUACCAUAUAAAACAAUAGAAAGAGAUAAUUUAUAUUGAUGAAACAGGAUUAGGUAAGGAUUACAUUAGACCUAAAGUUUGGUGUAAGAAAAAUUAAUCAUUUUUUAUUGAUAGAAUGGAUAUUAGAGAUAGGAUAAACAGAAUUGGGGGAAUCAGCAAGGAUCUUUUAUUGUAUUAGUGCGUAAGAUGCAAUGUGAAUGCAGAGCUCAUUAAAAAUUACCUAAUUAAAUUAGUUCAUGUUUGUAAUUAGCAAUAUGGAUUGAGAAAUUAUGUCUUCGUGUUUGAUAAUGCUUCAGUUCAUAAGGAAAAUAACCUGACUAAAGAGGUUUUAAAAUAUGUUAAUCAUGUCUAUUUGCCUCCAUAUAGUCCAUAAUUAAACCCUAUUGAGUAUGUGUGGAGUGACUUGAAAAGAAGAUUAUCAAAACAAGAUUGUCGUACAAGUUUAAAAUUGAAUUAAGAAAUUCACAGCUGCUUUUCUCAAAUAAAACAAAAGAAUCUAAAAAAUUAUUAAGAAUCAGUGUAUUCAGUUCUGUAAAAGUGCUUGUUAAGAAAAGAAUUGUGA